GCUGCGGGGGGGCGUGGCCAGCAGCGAGAGCCGCGGAUUGGCCCGCCCCCUUUCCCGUAGCUGGAGUGGAGGCGGAAGUGCGGGUCCCAGCUGAGAACCUGCCGCGUGCCCGGGUCAGGGAAGGGUCACGUAGCAAGAGUGCUCAGCAUGAAGCGGCUGUUGGGGGGCGGCGCGUGCCUCUCCCGCUGCUGCUCUCUUCUCGCGCUCCUGUGGCUGGGCUCGAGCAGCGGCGCGUGCCCCUGCAGCGACCCCGCGCUCUGUCGCCCGAUCGCCGGCACCCGGGAGUUCGAGGUCUUUGUGUUUGAUGUUGGAAGAAAAACUUGGAAGUUCUAUGAUUGGUCACAGAUUACAACUGUGGCAGCUUUUGGAAAGUAUGACCCUGAGCUGUUGUGUUAUGCUCAUUCUAAAGGAGCCAGGGUAGUACUAAAAGGAGAUGUACCUGUGAAGGAAAUUAUUCACUCUGCUAACAGAACAGCCUGGAUAGCACGACAGGUGGACCUGGCCAAAAAGCAGUAUAUGGAUGGAAUUAACAUAGACAUAGAGCAAGAAGUUAUCAUGAUGUCACCUGAAUACUAUGCAUUAACAGCUCUGGUUAAAGAAACUACUGAUGCUUUUCAUAGAGAAAUUCCAGGAUCACAGGUCACCUUUGAUGUGGCUUGGUCUCCAGCAUGUGUAGACAAAAGAUGCUACAACUACAGUGGGAUUGCAGAGGCCUGUGAUUUCUUGUUCGUGAUGUCUUAUGAUGAGCAGAGUCAGGUCUGGACAGAAUGUAUUGCAAGAGCCAAUGCUCCCUACAAUCAGACCUUAGAUGGAUAUGAUGACUACAUUAGUAUGAGCAUUGAGCCGAAGAAGCUUGUGAUGGGUGUUCCCUGGUAUGGCUAUGAUUAUAAAUGUCUGAAUUUGUCUAAGGAUCAUGUUUGUUCCCUCCCAAAUAUUUCUUUCCGAGGGGCUCCAUGCAGUGAUGCUGCAGGGCGUCAGGUCACCUAUGAAACAAUAAUGAAGCAGGUGAAUAGUUCUAUUUCUGGGAGCCUGUGGGAUGAGGAGCAGAAGGCUCCAUAUUAUGAAUAUAAGGACUCUCUUGGUCAUUUUCAUCAAGUAUGGUACGAUAAUCCACAGAGCAUUUCCCUGAAGGCAACGUAUGCAAAGAAACGUGGUUUAAGGGGUAUUGGCAUGUGGAAUGCAAAUUGUCUUGACUACUCCAGAAGUUCUGUAGCAGAGCAGCAGACUGAAGCAAUGUGGCGAGCCUUGAGACCAUAGCAACUAUAUAAGAUAGUGAACACUACCUCUGGAUUUAGAAUGUAGAAAAUUAAUUGGUAGUUAUGGCUAAUAAUCUGUAUUAUGCCUUCUUGCAAGUAUGCACUGGUUACAAGCAAAACUUCAUCUUGUCAGUCUGUGCUUAAGGCAGUAUUUUUAUACCUUAGAAAGUAUUUAACAUUGCAUUAACACUGUUUUAACAGGUUCUGGUUAUUCUCAUUCUCAAAACUUUCAUAAUUGGCAUCCGACCUUGAACUUGACACUCAUAAUCUAUAUUAACAUAUGUAUGUUGAAUCAUUUAAAAGAGAGCAUAUGAGAAUGAGGGGUUCUGCUCAACACAAAUGCUUUAUCAUAACCAGUUACUAUUCUUUAUUCUGUAAACUUUAUAUCUAAAAAUAUACACCGACUCGUUGUGAAGGUUUUAAUUAUUUGUAGCAUUUAGAUUUGUUGCCAGUGAAACUGAAGAAUUAAAUAUUCGUUUUAUGUUUACAUAACAUUGUGAGGUUUUUUUACACCUUCAAAAGCCAGAAAACCUUAGGCUUCAAAGAAAGCUUGCACCCAUUUUGCUCAAAGCAGCAUUCUAAAGUGUAUAUGAUAGGUCAUAAGAAAUGCUUAUCUAAACACAUUGAUUUCAUAAUUAACAUUUAAGUGUCUACAUUUUUGAACUAGAUUGUAGUCACCAUACUGCUGUAAUUUUUUAUUCUAAAGUCUACAUGGUGUUUAAUUCAUAAUCAGAGAAAUGGAUGUUAUUCUCUAAGUAUUUAGAGAUUUAUUCUCCUCAUCCUUCAUGUCAGUUAACUGGUACUGCUAGCUAUGAGAAACAUAUGCACACACAUUAGCUAGCUUAUUAACACUUUUUGUAGUAAAGGUGCCCAUAUACAUUGGAAUCUGUUUUGGGACACAAUAUUUAUUAGUGCUAGUGCUUCAUUUGUGCUAUAUUGUGGUUUGAUCCUGCCUGUGUGGAUAAAUCAUGUUUCCAUUCAAGUUAAAGGGGUUGUAUGGAUAAAAAUGAGGUUAGAAUUUGGCUAUAACAUGGUACCCUGAAAAAAUCUGUCUUUAGAUCAAUUUCAUGUAGAUCUUGAGGAGAGAAGAAUCCUGUAUCAGUAGAGAGAUGGAUUGGAUAAUCUAAUAGAUACUUUUCAUCUUUAAAUUCUGUGAUUCCUGACGACUAAGAAGAUAGAUUCCUUGACCUAGAGGGGUGUUUUUCACAUUUCUUUACACAAAACUCAGGCUGAAUAAAAGGGCCCUAUGUUCAUUGCUAGUUGCUUAUAAAAUGUGAAAAUAUUCAGAAUGAGAAUCUCAGGUUAGUCCUAAUAUUUUCUGAUGAUGAUUCAUUGUGCCAGGGGAAUUUUUGGAUGAAAUAUUAAAAUAUUUGCAAACAUUUAUAGAGAUUGAUGUAUGUGUGUGCUUAUUUCAGUGAAUUUUUGUUAAAAUAGAAAUGAAAUAUUAAGGCUGAGGCAAAAGAACAAUUAAUGUCACUUUCAUCUUCCUAGAAGCAAAAUACAGUAUUUGUUUUUUAGUAAUAUUAAAUAAUCCUUGAAAUAAAUAAUCUACUAAACUGUUUUGGAGAGAUUUUCUGUAUAUAACAUUUUAAAAGGUGUAAUCCAAACCUCAUGAGUCUAUGGUUUGUCUUUGAACAUACUGCAAUGAAAGAAGAAAGAAAACUGUUUUCUAGUACUACUGUGUAUUUGUUACAAAGAUAGGCCCAUAUCUUGCGGACACUUACACAUCUGUUCAAUGGGAAUACUCACAGCGUAUAAAAUUAAAGUCAGUGGAACUACUCAUGUAUGCACUUAGUAUAUCAAAUUAAGUGUUUUUUUUAACGUUGAUAUUUUCUUAUAGAGUCUGUGGACACAGUGAAAUAAUUAAUAGAAGUCUGACAUUUUCCCCCCUCCUUAAUCAGGAUUUUGGUUUAAAUACCUAACAUUGUCAAGUUAGACCCUGACUAUGCUAUAACUUGCAACUGAUGUUACAAUAGAACCUCAGAGUUAUGAACACCUCGGGAAUGGACGUUGUUUAACUCUGAAAUGUUCAUAACUGAACAAAACGUUAUGGUGGUUCUUUCAAAAUGUUACAAUUUAACAUUGACUUAAUACAGCUUUAAAACUUUAUGCAGAAGAAAAAUGCUGCUUUUAACCAUCUUAAUUCAAAUGAAACCUUAUCAAAUCUUUUCUAAACUUCCCCUUUUAUUAUUUUUAUUUUUUAAUAGUUUACAUUUAACACAGUACUAUGCUGUAUUUGCCUUUUUUUUUUUUUUUGGUCUUUGCUGCUGCCUGAUUGCAUACUUCUGGUUCCAAAUGAGGAGUGUGGUUGACUGGUCAAUUCGUAACUCCCCUCCCAUCAUUUUGAGCCAGAUUCCCAUGAAGUUCUUCUGGGGAAAAGGGAUGCUGCUGCUGAGCCGUAACUCUAAACCUCCAAACAUCGGGGGUCACAGACUUGAUCUGGAUUCCUUACACUUGUAAAACAAACGGGGCUUCACCUCUACCCCGAUAUAAUGCUAUCCUCGGGAGCCAAAAAAUCUUACCAUGUUAUAGGUGAAACUGCGUUAUAUUGAACUUGCUUUGAUCCGCUGGAGCGUGCAGCCCCACCUCCCCAGAGUGCUGUUUUACUGCGUUAUAUCCAAAUUCGUGUUAUAUCGGGUCACGUUAUAUUGGCGUAGAGGUGUAUAUCACCUUUUAUCUGUGGUAUCUCUUUUCAUCAGCUGCUGUGUAUUUCAUUUAACUUUUGUUAAAACUUUAAAGUAAAGACUUGAAUCUGAUUCAUCAACUAGAAUUUUAAUUGAACUAUUUAUAAUUUCAAGUUUUCUGUAUCACUUACUGCAGAGAAUAGAAUGCAGAAGCCCAGUCCUCUGCUCUUAUUUAUUAAGUACUGUUAGUGUUGUCCAUGCUGUAUAAACAGAAAAGAGACAGUCCCUUCCUUCUAGAGUUUGAAAUCUAAUUUGGUUCUAGACAAUACAGUUCAUAUUCAUAGGAUUUAGGUUCCAAUCUUGAAGUGGAACAGGGGGUGGUUGAUUGGUUCAUUUUUGGGAAGGCUUUAUGGAAGGAUUUAAAGAAGGAUUACAGUGGAGACAGAGCUCCAAGAUUUAGAGUUCCUCUU